CGGCAGACGACGUCUGUUUGGUGAACAAGUGAGCGAUGACUGAGUCGGCAUCGAAGCGACAGACUCUGAGGCGGGCUGAGGGAGAGGAUGACUCGGAUGACGGACACCAGGAGGCCGUAAUGGACUCCGACGGCCAGCAGCAGCAGCAGCAGCAGGCCACGGCAUCGCACACCACUCACAGCAUAGAUUUGGAGGCCUUCGCUCUUCGCUUCGGCCAAAUCGUAAGAUGCAGCCACCAAGACCACUGGCAAACACACACAUCCUCAUCGUUUCCUCUCUCUGUGUCUGUGUGGUGUGUGUUGACACUCAGCCGGUUGUCGUCGCCUACGUCUUUUCGUUCGUGUCACUUCAUUUGGUGGCGGCGCUGCCCCAGCGGCUGUGGCGCCACGUCGGCUCCCAGAUCACCCGGCUGGUCAUGGACACCUACGACACGGCCGAGCGGCGCUUCUGGUGCGGCCUGUCAUUCGCCGAAGCCUUCGAGUGGGGCCGGCGGCUCACACCGCUCAACUCAAUUGUCGUCAAGUAUCCCUAUGCCCUCCGCAUCCCCAGUGAAACUCCUGGCCACCGCAUCCCUCAUCGGCGGGGGCGACACGAUGAUGACCGCCACUCUCUGUCGCCGGUGAACAAGAAGAUCUUCACGGCAUUGGUGGAGGGCCACAGCGAGGGGCGGAGAGCCGCAGCGGCCACAGCAGCCGGGCAGCAGGCGCCAACCACCUUGGAGUCCAUCGACAUAAGCGAGGGCCAAUCGGCCAUAGUCGUCGACGAGGACGAGGGUCGCGACAUAGGAGCUGGACAGCUGGCGACGGUCAACCCGCCCCUCAACCCGCCCCUCAACCCGCCCCUGACCCUCACAUCGCGCAAGGGCAUUACCACCAGCGGAUAUGGGCUCUCCUGUCCCGGCCGCGGGCGCCACUGGCAGCUGCCGUCGCUUGAGAGAGUCCAGGUGCGAGAAAUGGUGGAUUACGGUGAGGUGUUGGGGGACCUGGUGGCCACGUCACGGCGCCUCAAGGAGCUGCAGGUGGAAUGCACUGCCGCGAAGCUGGCUGGGUCGCUGCGGCGCAUCCCCACGGCAGCGGCCGGCGGGCCGGGCCCGCUGUCACAGCUCGAGGACAUCGGAACCCUCAUCGUGAGAGCUGGCGCCGGGGGUCUGGAGGGCCUGCAGGUGAGCAGCGAACCACACAAGAUAAACUAGAUCAGACAGAGUGGGGGAAGGCUUGCUUGUGAUGUGCGUGUCUGUGUGCAGAGGGUUCUUGUCGACCGUGGCUGCCGCUCCAUCAAGAAGCUCAGCAUCAAGUUCAAGGGCUCCGACAUCGACAGCAGCAUCUUCGAGACCCUCUCGGCCAUCGAGACCUUCACCCGCACCGUCUGUGAGAGGCCUGACAUCCCCGUUGACAUCGACGAGGCCGACGAGCGCUUCGACCUCGACAUCCUGUGUGAGGUCCCCACCCGCCCCGCCCCCUCAUUCUUCGUGCAGAAGCACAUCCAGCAGCUGGCCGCCAAAGCCCUCGAAGUGUUCUUCGACACCCUUCCCAACCACCUCACCGCCCCUCACGACACGCCCAGCCCCGCUGCCAUCGUCCUCACAUCAUCCCUGACAUUCCCCAAGGCGACGAGGGUGGAGGUGGUGGACCAGGAUGAUGAUGAUGAUGAUGAUUGGGAGCCUGACGAUGACGCCGAACAGCCCGACCCACUUGUGCUGGACAGCAUGCCCCACAACGCAUUCCCCGCCGCAUGGGCGCUGACCGUCCACAGCCGCAAGGGGUACGCCAUUGGCCGCAGGCUGGUGACCAAGAUGCCAGCAGUCAAGAGCAUUCUUCUCUUCGACCCGACAGAGGAGCAAGCAGUGGGGGUGCUGCAGGCGGUGGGCGGGAAGGGGCAGCUGGAGUAUUUCGAUGUCAGAACCACCCUGACGGGUGUGGGUGAGGGCGGGCUGACGUGGGGGGACAUGGCGGAUCAGCUGCCCACCAUCAAAGAGCUGCGUGUUCGUGUAGAGGGUGAGCUGCAAGCAAUCGCCUCAAUCAGCUCUCCCUCCUGCCUACUUGUGUGUGCAGUGCCUGAGGAUUUGGGUGAUGGCGAUGCCGCUGGCGAGUUCGGCAUUGCCUGCGUCAAGUCGCUGCUCAAGAUCCAAGGCAUCGAGGAGCUCAUUUUGCAGCCGGGGCCCAACGAGGCCUUCAAGCGGCUGGUGGAGGAGCGGACUGAUGGCGACAGAAUCGAGGGGCUGGAGGGGCGGUAUGACAUCAGCUGGACGGAUGAUGAGGAAGAUGAGGAAGAUGAGGAAGGUGCGCUCAUUCUCAUACCACUCGACGCUGCCGGCCUGGCUGGAUGAGUGUGCCGUUUUUGGGUGGGUGGGUGGGUGGGUGGGUGAGUGGGUGAAUGGACUGACUCGCUGCCUCUAUCUCUCUGCGUGCCUGUGUGCGUGCCUGUGUGCGUGCCUGUGUGCCUGUGUGUGUGUGAGCUGCCUGGCGGGAUGGCUGGAUGUGUGCGUCUGUGCGCGGCUGGCUGGCUGGCUGGCUGGAUGGAUGGAGUGGGUGGGUGGGAGGAAGGGCACUCGCAGCCUCUCUUUAUCUCACUGUAUGCCUGUGUGUGUGGGGGGGGCAGUCAUCCUGACUGGCGGGAUGGAUGAAGUGGGAAAGGUGGGAGGGUGGGGAUGACAGGAGGCAAUAUGACACUAUCUUGUCUGCAUGGAUGUGCCGUUUUUGAGUGACUGGGUGGGAGGACGGUGUAUGUGCUGCCAUGCGGCUGGCUGGAUGGAUGAGUCGGUUGGGUGGAUGUCUCUCUGACUCACUGGUGGGGACAUGCAGUGGGGAGGGAAGGGUGUGCCUGUCGCAGAACAGCCCAUACAUACAAGGAGGCUAUAUGGCGAGGAUGGUGUAGGUGGGUCGCGUCAAAGAGACGUGUGGCCGAGCAACAGAGUAAGGUGUAGGUGUAAACCGCAAAGGUACAGUGUACGUAGAUAGGAAUUCGCAAAGUGACUCUCUAGUGUUGUGUUAUGGCUGCAUGAGCUGGAUGCGUGUACCGUUUUUGGUGGGUGGGUGAAUGGACUGACUCGCUGCCUCUCUGCGUGCCUCUCUGUAUGCCUGCGUGUGUGGGCUGCCUCCUGGGAUGGAUCGUUGCGAGUGCCGUUUUGGGGUGUGUGUGGGGGAAGGCACCAUGCAGCUGCCGCACCCUCUCUUUAUACCCGUGUUCGCGCGGCUGCCUGGCUGGCUGGAUGGAUGGAUCCAUGUGCCGUGUGUCCCAUUGAUUUAUUUUCUUGAAUGUCCUGCUAUCGAUCAUAUCGGCAAACCUAUGGCGGGCCAGUGUUGGACAGACACGACGUCUCAGAACGGAUUGUGUACGGCACCGAGAGAUAGGUACGGUUUGGCUACCUUGCAUGCGCGCGCUUCUCGACUGCCGGUGGUGUGUGUUGGGGUGCAUUGCUGUCCGUCAGGUCAGCGCAUCAAUUAGCUGAUGUCUAGAACGAUGUGAGAGGCAGGGAGGGAGGGGGGGGGAGGGGUGCCACAAUGGAGGGAUGCUCUCAUGCGUGGCUGACAUGCAUGGGGUGGGAUACUGAAGCUGCAUGGCUCGUGGAUGAAUGCGUGUGCUGGGCUUGUUGAGACACAAAGCAUCGAAAGCUGAGGAACGUCUGUACGAUCAGGUCACUAGCUGCCUGGCUGUCUGUCUGUCUGUCUGCCUGUCUGUGAGUGCCAUUCAUUCGGUCAAGCCAUGCACCAGUCAGCCAACCAGCCAGCUGCUUGUUGACAUGUGCAGGUAGGUCAAGUUUUCGCAGACAGAACGUCCCACCGCUUACAUGCAUUGCAAACUCUCCGUGUGGAGUGAGUGGUUGAUCGACACACGGCCUAUGUCAAGCAGUCCGUCCAUCUGCAUGAAUGGCACCACCCCCCUCAGUCACCGACACGUAUAGCCAGCCAGCCACCCAGCCAGGCCUCACGCUCACACACUAGCCGAUGCUAGAGAGUUUGCUGUGUGUCGUUUUUCUCAAUGUGCACGUCACCGAAUAUGGACGCCCUAUGUCGUGGGCGAGCCGGGCUGCAUUGCACAUACCAAUGUGUGGCAGACGUAAUGCUGUUGUGUGAUGGCAUGCUGUUUGGAGUGCGCGUGUGUGUGUCUCCGUAUGGUUGGCUGCCUGGCUGAGUGUGUGUCGGUCAGCGGUCAUGUGACGAUGUGUGGCGUGUGUCUACAUAAUGUUAAGGGAGGCAGCGACGCAAAAAGGACGCAAAGGCGCCCUUCUCUGCACGUCUUGUGCGCUUUGUGCGCGUUUCAUACAGUUUCAAGUGAGCGGACAGUGGAGCAGUAUGCGACACAUCCUUUCCGAUGGGACAGUAAUGCAUAUCACUGGUGCCGCACCUCCAUGUGCCUCGCAUCACCAUAUGCAGGAUUGACAGAGACUCCAUGGGGGGGAAAGAAGAAGAGACACCGAUCG